AUAACUAAUAUUCGAAAGGCUACAUUGCAAGGAGGUCGGUAAAUUGGUUACAAUUUGUUUGAUAGCUGUCAAUGGUAGUUUUUAGUAAAUGUAUUUAUGUUUGCCUAUACUUCGAUAUUUGCCAUGGCCGCUGAUCAUUGAUCUGGCUCUUUAUUCUCACAUAGCCUUGGCAACACUGGAUAUCAGGGAAUGCAUUUUAUAUUGGACAGACACUGAAGGUUAUAUUCAAAUGCUAUUGUAUUUGUACUACUUAUGCUAUUUAGCAUACUUUAUGACUUGGCCUGGGCUAAGUUUGACAAAUCCCUGGUCUUGGAAAUUCUUGAUUAUUAUAGUUAUGUGAUAUUUUUUAGGCCUAUUGUUAUGGAUUAGGCAGAUUGUUUUACUCAAAUUUGUAUUUUUAACUUGUCCAAGAUCAUUAUAGGCUACCAUAGUUCUAUGAUGAGCAUCGAGAUACCUGUUGGUUUGAAGGACAUGCUGCAAGGAUACACUGUGGAGGUACUACGGCGCAGACCGACAGAUUUGGUUGAAUUCGCAAUCCAAUAUUUCACGCGUCUUCAAGAGAGCCGAAAACACGACAAACAUGCUAAAGACAGCCCUGUCAAUUCUGCCCGAAAGGAGGUGGCUUUUGAUGGUAAUUCGUUUGAAUCCGAUGAAGAUGAGGACUCUGAUGACUAUAUGCCACCUCCCACCCCAAAUAAAUACAGUCGCAGAGUAUCUGUGUGUGCGGAGGCCUACAACCCAGACGAUGAUGAGGAUGAUGACUUUGAGCCAAGGGUGGUACACCCCAAAUCAGAUGAGCAGCGUCGCAGACUCCAGGACGCCUGUCGAGAUAUAUUACUGUUUAAAACCCUCGACCAGGAGCAGUUCUCAGAGGUGCUGGAUGGCAUGUUUGAGGUAUUGGUCAAACCACAGGAGCACAUCAUAGACCAGGGGGACGACGGAGACAACUUCUAUGUCAUAGAGAGGGGCGUGUAUGAUAUUAUUGUGCUGAUUGACGGAGUUGGGAAAUGUGUGGGGAAGUAUGACAACAAGGGCAGUUUUGGGGAGCUGGCGCUCAUGUACAACACCCCACGUGCUGCCACCAUCAUGGCCAACCAGGAGGGGGCACUGUGGGGACUGGAUCGGGCCACAUUUCAUAGACUCAUAGUGAAAAACAAUGCCAAGAAGAGGAAGAUGUACGAAGCCUUCAUUGAGUGUGUACCCCUUCUAAAGUCUCUCGAGCUCUCUGAGAGGAUGAAGAUUGUUGAUGUCGUGGGAAUGAGAGUGUUCAGAGAUGGGGAGUGCAUCUUAACACAGGGGGAUAAGGCAGAUUGCUUCUACAUUGUGGAGUCUGGGGAGGUGAAGAUCAUGAUAAUAAGCAAAACAAAGGCAGGACAGCAGGGUAAUGCAGAGGUGGAGAUUGCACGCUGUUCUAGGGGCCAAUACUUUGGAGAGCUGGCUCUGGUCACCAACAAACCACGUGCAGCAUCCGUCUACGCCGUGGGAGUUACCAAGUGCUUGGUAAUAGACAUUCAGGCAUUUGAGCGUUUGCUGGGUUCCUGUAAGGAGAUUAUGAAGAGGAACAUUUCCCAAUAUGAGAACCAGCUGGUAGCUCUGUUUGGUUCUAGUGUAGAUUUGAAACAUUAAUGUAUAAUUGUCUUUGUAAGAAAUGUCACACACAAGAGUACUUCCUGAACACAAACAGGUGGAUACACAGACUGUCUUUAGUAGUACUAAAUUAUACACAGUGUGCAUACUUACACCAAAACAUACUGCUUGACAUUUAAUUGUAGAAUCUACAAUUGACAUCCAUGUUACUACGUGAAUGGCGUGAAAUGACUGACCAUUUUAUUUACAUUUAGCUACUAGUAUUUUCUUUAUUUUUUUAAAUCAUUGUGAUAGUUUCCGUAUUCUUCACCAUGUUGGUAAAUUGUUAAUGUAUAAUUCUAGCCCAAUAAAGCUUCCUCAAAUGCCGUUUUAAA